GGUUUCAUAAUACGGCGGGGGUACGCGGUAAAUAUACCAAAAUAAGCUACUACAACCAGAAAAAAAAACCAAACAUUUUCAAUGUUUUUUGUUGUUGUUUUUUUUCCUUUAAAACCGCCUCGGUCGGUAGGCUCUUUGUAGUAGCGAAAUAAACCAACCGCUGUGGCACGGUACAGACGAGGUCGGCCAUACCCGAAUUUCUUGUCCUCUACGGCGGGGAAGAAACUGGAUAAGACCCCGGAGCCCAGAACCACCGACGACCGAGCUCGGAGAACCCGCCUUCUUGUCUUCGCAUAUGUGCUUUUGGGCCGAGGGAAGGGAGUCUGCAACGCCCUGGCUUUAGUUUUAAGCUCCGUUUUCUCCGUUUGCAGUGCGCCAUUGGACCUUGUCACGGUAGGUUUCCUUGUAGAGCAGAGCUGAAGCAUGGCGGACCUGGAGCUGUUUUGUCGCGCCAGUGAAGCUACUCAGCCUCGGAUGUUAACAUGUUUCCUUAGGAGCAUCGACUUGCAAUUUCGGUACCGUUUAACCGCGCGGUGCCGUAGCGGAAAACGUUAAUAGCUACCGUUAAAAUACGUUCUCCCGUCAAGUAAUGUCGAGGCUGUAACAUUUGGCCGUUAAAAAUAUUUUCCAUUUUCUUCUUUCUUCCUGUGCCUCCGCAACUCCUUCCAACCCACCACCACGAAAUUUAUCUCGGACAUUAUAUCGAUUUGUUAACACUUGUUUUUGUUUUGUUUUUUUUUUUUUUUUCCUUCCAAUGCUCGGCUUAGUCUGUAAUAAAUUUAACCAAGUUUUAACGGUAGUUAAACAUUUAGCCGUUAAAUAACUGUUAAAUGACUUGAAACGUUCAUGUGGUCCGGGUCUACCCUCUAUGAAACUGGAUAUUAUUAAAUAUUAAAAACCUUUUAAUUUUUGUACUAAAUGCUGACAUUUUAAACGGUAUGACUAUAAAUAUAUAAGAGAAAAUGCCCACUUCAAUCUUCCUUUGAUGUGCCAAGCUGCCCUUGGCCAUGUAAUGCAUCAGCUCCCCAUUUUUAAUCGUCCAUAUGUUGUAAAUAUAAUGAAAUUUUAACGUAUCUGUUUUCCUAACGGCUCCUGAUAUACGUUACGCCAGCUCUUUGGCAACAUUAAAUGGCGAUAUCGACAGUGUUAAUGCAGCUAGGUCACACCGUGGACGCCACGGUGAGCCGGGGCCAUCAAGGACACGAUGAACAACGAGCAGCCGCCAUCAUUGGAGCACAGUUCGGCUACGCCUCGCUGAAGAAUGCACUAGGUUUUGCUCUUAAAUCCCAAUAAGACACGCCAGAAAAACGAAUAAAACGGCCUGUAAACGCCCCCUCGAUCACAUUUAUUAAUUGUAAGCGAAUAUUAUAUUGGUUUCCUGGCUCCGGCCCGGGUGAACAUUUGGCGAGAAGAUUAUGGGUUUGCAUGGCGGAGCUAGAUCCGCGUCCAACGGUGAUGAGGCGCCUCUGCCGAGUGGCGCAUUUGGCUGCAGUGGUUCCAAGCCACCAUUCCCCCUCGUCGGAGACCGAAAGCAGAUCCCCCGUCCGUGGUCAGCUGGUCGCCUACAGCUGCCCGUCCGUCCACGUCCAUUCGCUUCCUCCUUCCGUGGAUCCUCCCCAACCUCCGCUCCGACAGAAAAUCCUCCAUUACCGAGCGGACCGGGCGAGAAAAUGGUCGCUCCUGUGUGUCCACGACACAAGACCGUAAAACCACAAAUGAAUGGAGAAAUGGAGGCAACCACCCAAGACCAAGUUUGGGCGCAGGAUGACCUUUUAAAAUUGCUGGAGGCCAUGAAAGUGGCCCUGCCUCAGAAAGACCUGACUAAAUACAAAACAUCAGAGUCCCACCUUGACUGGCAGAAGGUGGCCUUCAAUGCCUUCACAGCAGAGAUGUGUAAGCAGAAGUGGCAGGAGGUCUCUAAAGAGAUCCGUAAAUUCAGGACUUUAACAGAACUGAUAGUUGAUGCUCAAGACUACAUCAAGAACCCUUACAAGGGCAAGAAAAUAAAGAAACAUCCAGAUUUCCCCAAGAAGCCCUUGACUCCAUACUUCCGCUUCUUCAUGGAAAAGAGGGCCAAAUACGCAAAGUUGCACCCUGAGAUGAGCAACCUAGAUCUAACUAAAAUCCUCUCCAAGAAGUACAGGGAGUUGCCUGACAAAAAGAAGAAAAAAUAUGUUGAAGACUUCUUAAGAGACAAAGAAGCAUUUGUGCAAAGUAUGAUGAAGUUCAGGGAAGAACACCCGGACCUUGUGGAGAGCAUGACCAAGAAAGGGUCAAAUGUUCCAGAGAAGCCCAAGACACCCCAGCAGCUGUGGUACAACCAUGAAAAGAAGGCCUUCCUCAAAACACACCCAGAUGCGACCACCAAAGACAUUAAGGACAGUCUUGGCAAACAGUGGACACAGCUGUCUGACAAAAAAAGACUCAAAUGGAUCACAAAGUCCCUGGAGCAGCAGAAACAGUACGAGGAGACAAUGCGGGAGUACAUACAGCAGCACCCGGAGUUAAACAUGACCCAAGGGGAUAUCGUAAAGUCCACCCUGACCAAGGCUGAGAGGCACCUGAAGGACAAAUCUGACGGCAGACCUGACAAGCCACCACCAAAUGGUUACUCGAUGUUCUGCGCGGAGCUGAUGUCGAGCAUGAAGGACGUACCCAGCACGGAGCGUAUGGUGAUGUGUAGCCAGCGGUGGAAGCUGCUGAAACAGAAUGAGAAGGACGGCUAUCAGAAGCGCUGUGAACAGAGAAAGAAGGAGUAUGAAAUUGAGAUGAACAGAUUUCUCAGUAGUUUGUCGGUGGAGGAGCAGCAGCGGGUCCUGGGCGAGGAUAAGAUAGGUCUUAAGAGAGGCAGUGGAGCCAACAGCCCUGCCUCCAAAAAGAAAAGCCCUAAGGCAAAGGCCAAUCCAGAGAAACCCAAAAGGCCCAUUUCAGCCAUGUUCAUCUUCUCUGAGGAAAAACGGCCCAAACUGCAGCAGGAGCGAUCAGACCUUUCUGACAGUGAACUCACAAGACUGCUGGCACGUAUGUGGAAUGAACUUCCAGAUAAAAAGAAGGAGAAGUAUAAACGCCUAGAAACGGUCCUGAAGGCAGAGUCAGAGAGGAAGGAAAAGGAAGACCGUAGUCGUCUGCCAGACCCACCCAAGAAUGCUCAGGACAUCUGGCAGCAGAGUGUCAUAGGAGACUACCUGGCCAGAUUUAAGAACGACCGGCCAAAGGCACAGAAAGCAAUGGAAGCAACUUGGAGCACCAUGGAGAAAAAAGAGAAGAUCAUGUGGAUCAAAAAGGCAGCAGAGGACCAGAAAAGAUAUGAGAGAGACCUGUGUGAGAUGCGCUCACCUGCUGCUGCCAUUGCCUCAGGGAAGAAGAUGAAGUUUGAGGGUGAACCCAAGAAACCACCAUCAAAUGGAUAUCAGAAGUUCUCUCAGGAAAUGCUGUCCAACGGAGAGCUAAAUCACCUCCCGAUGAAAGAGCGGAUGGCUGAGAUCGGCAGCCGCUGGCAGAGAUUACCGCUGAAGGACAAGGACCGCUAUAAGAAGAUUGCUGAGGAGAAACAGAGGCAGUAUAAAGUCCAACUGGAACAGUGGCUCGCUAGUUUGUCUUCACAAGAGAGAAACACUUACAAAGAAUAUAAUUCACAAAAAAGGAGAACAACAGCAAAACCAGGAGGCCCCAAGGCAAAGUCCAAGAAAUCUGACACGGAGGAGGAGGAGGAGGAAGAGGAGGACGAUGAGGACGAAGAAGACGAGGACGAUGAGCAGGAGAAAGCUUCCUCUGAAGCAGACUCAUCCAGCGAGGAUGAUGAAGACGAUGAGGAUGACGAUGAUGACAAGGAGGAGGAUGAAGAUGAUGAUGAGGCGGAGGACAAGGAGAACAAGUCAGAGGACAGCAGCAGCGAGUCGAAUUCACCAGGGACGUCAGACUCUGAUUCGGACUGAAACGGGCCAAUGUCGUCCUGAGACGAACUGAGCAGCGCUGAGCUGAGCCAAGAGUCCAGGGAGCUCUGCCACUGUGCCAACCCUGCUCUCCUCCCACCACCAGAGGGAGCCCCUGCAUUGCCUCAUCCAUUUCACACUCACCCACUUUAUGUUGCUGCGUCGGUGAUCUGUACUCAUGAAGGGACCCUGCCCUUAUGUCCAAAAUCUGUUUCAUUCCCUCCCCGCUGUGAUGGUCAUCUCACAGCACCGGCCGCUGACAUGAUGCCAAAAACAGCAUCCCACUGGUUUGGUGAUGUCAUGAACAUUUCUGCUGCUGGUUUCAAUCUUGAUUUGCAGGUUCAGUGGUUUAAAGUUAGAGUUUUACUGUCAAGGGUAAUGAAUAACCCUCCAGUGUUUGUUCUGUUGUUCUGGUAAUUAGUUGAAGACAGGUGGCGUGAGUUGUGAACAGGCUUUAGAGAGCCAAAGAACAUAGUAUGGGGGAUCACUUUAGGAAGGGGGGGGUGUGCGGGGCACUGAAAAAUUGCACUCUUCAGAAUGUUUCCUUUAAUAUGUUUUUCCAGAACAUUGUCGCUUUGUUCUCUCUCUCCUCAAUUUUUGAUGUAGAUUUUAUCAUUUGGUUCUUAAAGAGGUGGUAUUUUUUCAGGAAAAAAAUCAAGCCAUUAUGAAUGUCGUUUUUUUUUUUUUUUUUUUUUUUUUUUUAUUUUUGCUUGAAAAUUUCUGAGCUUGUUUCUUACCUGUGUUUUACGUUAAAAGACACAGUGCCUAUAAAGUGUUCACCCCCCCUUUGACCUUUUUCAUGUUUUACUGUUUUAAAAUGAACCAAAGUGGAUGAAAUAGGGCUUUUUGACACUACUCAACAGAAAACUCUCUUAAGGAAUACCCCAACAUUUAUGGGAAAUCGACUUAUUUUCUGAACUUGACUACGCCCAGACGUGAUGUAGGGUGUAAUCAAGAAGUGCAGCAAACGUUUGAACACAGAACUGAAACUGACAUUGUUUUUCGUUUAACUCUCUGAAAGCUAGCAACGAGCUAAGGGAAAUUUCCAAAAUGUCUCCCUGUAACGCCACAAGGAAAACAAGUCUCUACAAAUGGAUCCAGAUUAAGCCCAAAUAUAAAACACAAGACAGCUGGUUGCAUAUGUAUUCACCCUCUUCAAUAGUUAGCAGAAGCACCUUUAGCGGCAGUCAGACUUGGGACUGAACUUCUUAGUACCACUCCCACCCAACUGCCAAAUCGUGGUUUUUAGGGACCGUGAGUAAAUGCCAAUUUUCAUGUUCAGCCACACAUUCUUCACUGGAUUUAAGUCUGGCCUCACUCAUGCAUUUCUUGCAUCAACAAAGCCUACUGUGAGCAGAUUUACAGCAGUGCCAUAUUCUUAACUUUUUUUUAAUCGGUUGACCCUACUGUAGUCUGCAGGCUAUUCCGUCCCUUGAAAUUUUUCUUUUAUCCUUCCCCCUGAUUUAUAGUUUUAAGUAAAGUUCUUGCAGUUUAUGCAGAAUGUCCCUUUUAUCUUGAAAAUGAAAUUCGCAGGCUGUUGGCCCUUCCGGGUACAGGUGUAUUUACUGGUCAAACUCUGAUUUACACACAAGUUAUCUCCAUUCAACUUGUGUGUAUCAUAAAAAAAACUGGUGGAUGAAGUCAAUAUUGAAUUAAUUGGUUUUAUGCAUUUUAUCUUAACACUUAGUUUGGAUGAAUUUAUAAAGAGUGUUUUCACUUUAACAUAAAAGAGGCAUUAGUGUCACAUAAGCCUUUUUGCAUUCACUGUGCUUCAUCGUUGGAAAACAAAAAGGUCCAACACUGGUGGAAUACUUUUUUUUUUUUUUUUUUUGUAGGCACUGCAGGAUCCAUUGCCAUGUUACUGUCAUUAAAGGUGUCAUUUAUCAAAAUUAACUGACAUGUCUUGUAGUACAUAAAUUCAUCAGUCUGAAAACAAUCCUGUUUGACUCAGUUGAUUCAGUUUGUUGUGGUCUGACCGUGACGAACAGUGUUCAGUGUUUGCAGUUUGUCAUUGAAGGGAUAACACGUUUUCAGAUUUAGAGCUCAAUCUGACCGUGGUUUUAAGGAGUACGUCACACAUUUGGUGUUUGUUUUCUUCCUCUAAACUGUUGUUCUACAUUUCAGUUACGGUUUAUUUCAAUUGUUAAUAGGUUUGUUUUUAAUUGUGAGCUGUUGCGUUCUGAUCCAUCUGGAUUCGUUGGUUGAGCUGUAUGGUCUCCUCUGUUUUUUUUUUUUUUCUUUUGAAUUUUUAAUGGUAUUGACUGUAAUCCAUCUGGGUUUUAGUCUGAUGCUUAUCCCAAAAAAAAGUGUGCACUUAAUAUAAAUCUGUCCCUCUGUGUGAGUUUGUGCAUGCAUGCACAGAACUAUGUAUAUAUGAGGGUGUAUGUGUGUUUCUUUGCUUUAAUGUGUGCUGUUUUUGCUGUUUUGUUGCAUACCAUGAUGUGACUGCAGCGUGCAUGUAUGUGCCUGUGUGGGGACAUCAUACCAACACCAUGAAUGUAGAUAUUGUUAAAUCUUUUAAAUUUUUUUUUUUUUUUUCUCUCUCCAAAGGUCUUUAGUGAUUCUUUUGCUCGGCGCUGUCAUGUCAUUUGUUACCUGAAAACAGACUAAUGACAAGACUUCCACGACCAUCAUUUUGGGUCUACAGACAAACAAGUACUUGGCAACUAUUAAUAAUCCGUUCGUAAUGGACUGACUUUGACCAUUAGGAGUCUCGUCACAGACUGAAAUAAAACCAGCGUGGACUAUUUAAAUAACUUGGGGAGGGGAAAGGAAAGUGAUGCUGAUAUCGAUUGAUGGGAGUUUGUAAAGGGAUUGGGGGAACUGAGUUGCCAGUGGAAUUGGGGUAAAAAAAACAAAAAAACAACAAAAAAAAAAAAAACCUUGUAAUUUUUUUGUAAAUACUGUUUUUGUAUUGAGUGCUUAUUGUUUUGUUAGUAGUUUAAUUUGGCAAACCCUCAUCUGUGAAUUCCGAGGCCAGCGAGCCUUUCACUCACAGGGGAGAAUUUUUUGGUUUAAUUCACCUGUUUUAGUUGUUUCUUCUCUCCCUUAUGUUGGUUUAUAGAGAUAUCUAAGAAAGCAAAGCUUUACAAGUUUGUACUGCUGACCAUUUGACAAAAUUUGAUGUUUUCUAUAGCUGAGGGUGUACUUCUGUCCUUGUAGUUCAAGUAUUUGGGGCAAAUAAAAAUGAUCUUUAACAGUUA